UGUGCUCUUCCCCUUUCACAGCAGGGAGUUUGAAUUCAUCUGUUUGCAAUUACUUGAGUUGCUUAGAGAUCAUAAACAACACGGCUCUUGUGAAGGAUGUGUGGCUGUACUGCCAGCACUCAGAACUCAAAACUGUAUUCCAUAAAUCAACCCGGUGCUGCUCCAACCCAGAAAACAACUUCAGCUACCGCAAGCAUGCCCAAACGCCUACCUAUAUCCAAGCAGCUGGCUUCUGUGAAAGCUCUCGGGAAAGGCUCAGACCUGGAGAAAGCAUUUGCUACUGCGGCCUUGGUUUACAACAACUCUGCUGACCCCGAUGGCAAACUCAGCAAAGCUGAAACCAAAACGCUGCUGCAAACCCAGUUUAUGAAUUUCAUACAGGGCCAAGAAAGCAAACCAAAAUACCAGGAAAUCAUUUCUGCCCUGGACGAGGAUAAAGACAACAAAAUUGAUUUUGAAGAUUUCAUGAUCUUGCUCCUCAGCCUCGCUCUGAUGUCAGACCUCCUGCAGGAGAUCAGAAAUGUCAGAACCACGAAAUGAGCUGUCCUCCCGGCAGAGACUGAAAGGAAGAGCUGUGUACAUAAGGGAAGUGGGAAAACAGGGAUAAAUGGCAAAUAUUUGCAUGCACUAAUACCUACAAAUAUUUUUUUCAGAUUUGGGAAAACAAUCCAUUUUCUAUUUUUUUGUUUAAAAAAUGGAAAAUUUCCUUGAGAAUUUUCCUCAGCUUUUUUUAAUUACUUUGAAAAAAUGUUCACAGAAAACAUCAUUUUCCAACUAUCUCUACAACUUACACAGGGUAGAACCUUCCACUCCUAAAAGCCUAGAAGGAAUUUCCAUUUGAUCAUGUAUGUUAUAAUAAUAAUAAUAAUAAUAAUAAUGACUAAAUCUUAGCACUUUUAAAUAGCACGUUCCAUCAAAGGGCUUGGAAUUAAUGGACCUGCACUAUCCACUCAAGAAAUAGAUCUUGGAAUCAUUGUAGAUAGCUCUCUGAAAACAUCCACUCACUGUGCAGCGACAGUCAACAAAGCAAGCAAUGUUAGGAACCAUUAGGAAAGAGAUAGAUAAUAAAACAGAAAAUCUCAUAAUGCCACUGUGUAAAUCCAUCGUACCCCUGGAUCUUGAAUACUGUGUUCAGUUCUGGUUGCCCCAUCUCAAAUACAUAUAUUAGAAUAGGAAAAGGUAUAGAGGGCAACAGAAAUGAUGAGGGAUAUGGUACAGCUUCCACGUGAUGAGAGAUUAAAAAGACCGGGACUAUUCGGCUUAGAAAAGAAACUAAUGGGGGGGAUAUGACGGUGUGGAGAAAGAGAAUAAGGAAGCGUUAUUUACCCCUUCACAUAACACAACCACCAGGGGUCACCCAAUGACAUUAACAGACCAUAGGUUUAAAACAAACA